UAUAGCAAAUUAUGGGUCUACUAUGGAUAGCUUAGCCUAAUUGGUGGCAAUAAGGUAUACAGUUGAAACGUCACAAAAUGGAUGAGCCGACUUUAGAUCCAGAAUAUUUUGAACGGCUCAAGCCUUUUUUUCUAAAGCUGAUUAGAAAAUUUGUCAAACCAUCAAAUGUUAUUCAUCUACUUCAAGAAAGUGAAAUGUUGACUGAAACUGAUCUGUCAGAGAUCAAGGCGACAACUAACACUAAAGGUGAGAUAGAAGGCAGUGUGCUACUGUUUGAGAGACUGACACUGUACGAGGGGUGGUACCCACGUUUGUUGGAAGUUCUCCGUGACAGAGAUGUCAAACUGUCUCAUGUGGCCAGGGAAAUGGAAGAGAUCAAAGGCUCACUAGACACGGCUAUUCAAGAAGAACAACAGAUCUCAUGGCAUCUUGGUAUACCAUUAUUUACCAGAGGGAUGACAUCCACUCAGCAUCCUUAUGACCAUUCAUCUAUGCUAUUGAAAUUAUCCGAUGAUCAAUUAGUACAAAGAAAAAAAUUGAUGAAACUGAAAGUACAGCUUGAACAAGUUCAAAACGAACUAAAUGAGAUUAAACUAAGGCUUAGAGAAGAAGAGAACGAAGCGCAACUUGCAAGUGAUUCUGAGGAACUGCAAAUCAAAUUAGCGCGACUCAAAGAAGAAUAUUCUGAUUAUAAGUUGUCUAGUGAAAAACUGGAGGAGGAAAAAGAUGAGCAGCUGAAAGAGACAAUCGAAAAACUCCAAAAACAAAACAGAGAUAUAACUAUCGAACUAGAAAAUACAAGAAAAAAACUCGAUGAAAGCCUCACGUAUAUUGAACAGAUAUUUAAAGAAAAACAGGAGGUGCAAACCAAACUAGCGCGACUCGAGAAAGAAUGUUCUGAUUAUAAGUUGUCUAGUGAAAAACUCGAGGAGGAAAAAGGGGGAAUGUUAAAAAUGGAAACAAAUAAUAGAACAACCCAGGCGUCGGAUUUUGCGUCAAAAAGUGAAACAACCCAGGCGUCGGAUAAUGCGUCAAAAAGUGAAACAACCCAGUCGCCGGAUUAUGCGUCAGAUAAUGAAACAAUCCAGGCUUCAGAUAAUGCAUCAACAAAUGAAAUAAACCAGGCGUCAAAUAAUGAAACAACUCAGUCGUCAAAGAAAAUGCUAGCGUCUAAUGCUGAAGGUAAUCAGAUAGUUGCUGAUCAUGUGUUAUUUCUGGUUGGGAGAUCAGGAAAUGGAAAAAGUUUCGUGCGAGACUCAAUAGCUCGUAUGGUUCGCUCCGAAGGCAGUGACAAGAACGUUUCGUCUAAAGACGGAAUUGCUGUGAUAACCGACCGAUAUAAUUCAGAUAAUAGAGACUCGGUCAUCAAUGUGUGCGAUGGCUUUAGUAUCGACGACAACUAUUUUGAAGCCUGUCAAAUCGAUGCAUUGCUUGAUGCCUUACGCAGUUGUCCCCACGGUUUUACAGCUCUGCUGAUUGUGCUAAAAUAUGGAGUUCCAUUUACCAAACAAGAGAAAGACGCGAUCUCGUUAAUAAAAUAUUUGUUAGGAGAGGAUUGUAUCAGAAAUUAUGGUAUUAUUGUUAUCACAUAUGGAGAUAACUUUGAUUUAGAUCAUGAAGAUGGUGACACCCAUACACACUUUAGUGUCUGGUGUAGAGAGCAAAGAGGAGAUAUCCAAGCUGUGUUUCAAGAAGUUGAUAACCGGUUUGUGAUUUUUAAUAAUAGAACUAAAGACGAAAGUAAAGUUAUAAAACAGUGGGAGUUAUUGUAUGACAAUGUGAAACGAACUAAGUCGAAAGGAUUUUAUAGUUAUGAACAGUGCUGUGAAAAUCUGCUACAGCGGUCAGAAAGGAUCGUUAAAGAACUUGAGACAACGGAGAAUCAAGACGUGUUUGAUUCAAAAUGUAAGGAGGCCUAUACAGUUUUAGCUUUGUUGAUGAACUUAUCUGAAUCAUCUUUGUUAAAAGAUAAAGAAAAAAUAAAUAGAAUAAUAAAAACAUUUACAGAUAAAGUGAUAGGAUUGCAGAGUAACAUGUGUGAACAGCGGCAACAGCAAGAACAAAAUAAUCGAAAGCUUAAUGGCUGGACAAACUUCUGGAGAUUUUAAAAAAAAUGUUAGCUUUGGGAAACACAAUGGUCGGGGACCAGUACAUACAACUGAUAGCCCGAAAGUCACUAGUUCCGAUCCAGGACUUAAGUUAGAGAAAGUAAAUGCGACUUUAUUUACGAAGACAAAGUAAUUUAAAAUGUACAAACUCAGUACCUCACGAUCCUUUUUACUAAUGAUAAUUUGUGUGAGGGCUGGUACAUAUAAAAUUGUAUGUAUAUAAUAUUUUUUUGUAAUGAGAUUUAAAAAAAAAAACUUCACUAUUUCUACACUACUUACGUUUUAUUGAGGAUCAAUUUGUAAUAAAAAGCUAUUUAUUGUAGGUGAUUGUUUUGUAACAAUUUUUUUUUACAUUCACAUUGCCUGUCAAGCACCAAAUUUGAGAAAUAAAUGCUACA